GCACAUGGUGUCGUGUUCUAUGGAUCUCAGGUGUCGUCUCCGGUGUAGAGGUAGUAGAGAACUAGGCAUGGUGUCAGUUGCGUCGCGUGAGGAUAAAAGCGUUGUCGUUAGAGCUCCAGCAAGCAAAGCAUUGGGCGUGUUGAAAUGGAUGAACAGCGUCGCUCCGGUGGACAAGAGGUCCAUCUCCUGCAAGACAUAUGCCUGGAUGCCAUUACUGGCUUCAGAGUAGUGAAGUGGUUCCGGCAUGUUGUGCUGCCACGUUCCCUCGCCGAUUACUACUACACAAGACUGCAAAGACAAGCGUUCGCUUAAGGAUCAUCUCGUACCUGUGGUGCUACACGCCAAGUCCAUCGAAGCAGAUUUGGCCGAGAGUCCUGUCACCGCAGCGGCCCUCGUUCACAUCAGGAAAUGCACGCAGCUGGAGAAGCUCACUUUCUCCUCAGUUCGUUCGAAUGACUCGCUCUGCGAAAUGAGUCUCCUGGAGACUGUAAAGUGCUUCCAGAACCUGAGGUGGCUUGAGCUGAGUGGUGUCAGCGCGGUCACUGACACAGUGCUUGCAGCCAUUGCCGAGCAGAACAAACUCCUCACGGUCCUCAAACUGAAUGAGUGUGUGAACAUUGGUGACGGGGGCCUUGAAGCGUUGGGACGGAAUUGCCACUUUUUGAAAAGCCUCGACUUCUCAUCGACGCAGAUAACUAUGCGUGGUGUGGACAUCUUGGCCAACAGUCCUUGCAAAGUCACUAUAGAGGAGUUUCUUGCCGACCGGUGCAGUAAGCUUGAAACCGACGCAGUUCAGGCCAUCACCACCAACUUUCCGUCACUGCGAAUACUGGCCAUAGAAUACCACCGCGCAAAUGAUGUGGAACCUGAAGCAAUAUCAAUGAGAAUGGAGAAGAAAGGCGAAGUGUCCUGGUUCGUCUUCUACUGACGUUUGCUGAGCAGUCGGCCAACUGGUUUACGCCACGAUAAACAAGAUCCUGAAGAUACGUCAUCAAGGGGGCCAAGUUAAGCAAAAACUGCCAAUGAUAGAGAUGUGGCAGCCUUUCGGUCACUUAUUUAUGAAAUCAGAAGAAAGUAAUUUUGGUCGCCGCAUGGGGGCAGUGCUCACGAGCCUGUGGGAAAACUUCCUUCGCCAAAGUGCCAUGGGAGCACACCCUGGAAGGCAAACAGGGGGAUAGCUGCCUCACCGUACUUAUACCAACAAGUCUUCUUUUUAUUCCUCCUUAUUGCCAGCAUUGUUUUUUUCAUAGUCACAUUAGUUAAUUAUUCCUCCUUAUUUCUAGCUGUUUUUUUUCAACGCCACAUUAGUCAAUGAUAUGCAGUCUAUCCUGUGUCUUUCAAAAGAUUUUAUCUCUGUUGCUUUUUAUAAUGUGACAUGGAAUAGUCACUUACUGGUUUUAUGCAAUGACAGUUUCUCUAGAAGCUGUGGCAUUCAUGUAAUUCAUUUUUACAGAUAUGCUUGUAUGCAUGAUAAGUUCUUGUUGUGUAACAUAAUAUUCUCAGAAUAAAAUUUGUACACAUUAGCCUUGUU